AUAUGGCAUAAUAUCCAAAGGUCGUGAAGAGGUCCAGCUGAGUGCCCAAAACAUCUUAUCCUGCAUCACCAGACCGACUGGAUGCGAAGGAGGCCGUCUGGAUAGGGCGUGGACAUUCGUCCGGAAAUACGGUGUGGUUGAUGAGGACUGUUUUCCAUACACCGGCAACAACAACACAAUUUGCUCGAUUAGACGCUUCGGGCCUUUAAGGGCGUCCGGCUGCACUCCCCCACGGUACAGUGAAAGAACCGGAAGGUACAAAGUAGGUCCGGCCUACAGACUGGGCAACGAAACCGAUAUUAUGUAUGAAAUAAUGCGCUCUGGACCAGUACAAGCCACCCUCAGGGUCUACCAUGACUUCUUCUCGUACAAAGAGGGCAUCUAUCGGCAUAUUGGCGCCUCCUUGCCGCACCUCCAAGGGUACCAUUCGGUGAGGAUUGUGGGCUGGGGCGAGGAGUUUACUCCAUUGGGGCUAACGAAGUACUGGAAAGUGGCAAACAGUUGGGGGACUGAUUGGGGCGAGAAUGGGUACUUCAGGAUCCUGCGCGGCGUCAACGAGUGUGAUAUUGAGUCGUUCGUAUUGGCUGUUUGGUCGGAAGUGGAUCGACGCAUACUGACCAACUCCUACACCAUUUAAGCUCAGGUUAAUGUUGUUGGGUUUCCUUCCAGGCCAGGUCCUGCCGUUUGGGAGCCAACGUCCCCUUCCCCCAUUAAGCUUUUAACGAGUCGGAAAACUUGAUCUUGUUGCUAAACUGCGAUAAAACUAUGUGUUCUCAGAUAAGAAACGCCACUGUUUGAUAUGAGCAAUUAUUUAUUUUCCUUUGGGGCCGCAGCGCGGGCCCUUGGCCCACUUUCUUCUGUUUCUGUGUACUUAAACCGCACUCUGAUGUUAAUUAGGUGCAGCAAUAACAUGCCGUAUGUGCAUACGGAUAAGAUUUUUCACUUUAUUGUUUUUAGCCAAUUAACUAAGUCAUCUAUCUGGAGCUGGGACUCAAAGUCUACAGUUCCCCAGUGCGAAUUAUCUUAAUUAGGCCUUCAAUGUUGUUGUUCUUGAUGGCGUUUCUGCAAUGAUUAAUCAUAACUGCCGAAUGUUGUCCAACUAAAAACCAAAAAAAAUAAAUAAAUAAUAUUUUUGAUA